AGAGAGAGAGAGAGAGAAUAAAGUUUUUUCGAACAUCAGCAAGCAGAAAGAGGGGAGGGGAAAGAAGUUGGACAUGAUCACUCUGGCAGUAACUUUUUCUUUCCCCUGGUAAGAAGGCUACAGCAGAAACAGUAUUGAAGGGAGAGAACAGUGUGGAUUACAACGGGACAGCAGCAAAUGGUUUUUACCUGCCUCGGCAGCAUAUAGGCUACUGUAGAUUUUGGAUUAAUGUUGUCGUAACUGCAGAGAUCUAACUAUAGCUGUAGCAGUCGAGGUGUGUGUGUAUCCAGAGGAGUGCGUCAUGAGGAAUCUCCGCUUCCUGGUUCUGCUCACCCUCAGACUCUGGUCAUGUGACCUGGGAGCAUCAUCCACAGAAGUACAAUGCCCUUCCCAACAGGUAGAUGACUGGAAGUUCCCUCAGACAGCCAGACACAACAUCACAGGUUUCAAUCUGGUGCGGCGCUUCUCCCUGCUCAAGACAGCAGCGGUCAGGAAGAUCCGUAACCCCAGAGGACCCGUUAUCCUCCGACUGGGCAAGACAGCACUCAUCCACCCCACAGAUCAGGUGUUCCCCCAUGGUCUUCCUGAUGAGUUCACGCUGGUCUUCACUUUGCUCCUCAAGAAGAAAACACUGAGAGACAACAUCUACCUCUUCCAGAUCUCUGAUGAACAGGGAUACCCACAGUUCUCUCUUGACCUGAAUGGCCCUGAGGCCACCCUGUCCCUGCGUGCGCGGGGGGCCAACCCCCUGAGUGACCCAGUUGGGUGUUUGUUCAGUGGGGAGGGCGUUGAGUCUCUCCUGGACAGUGGCUGGCACAAACUGUCCCUCAGCGUCCAACAGGGAGCAGCCUCUCUACACGUGGACUGCAGCUCUAUCCAGACCAUGCCCCUGGAGCCCCGGGGAGAGCUACCCACCAAAGGACACACCCUGCUGGGCAUCAGAGCCACUGAUGCUGCCCCUGUGGAGAUGGACAUUCAGCAAGUGAUGGUGUACUGUGAUGCCUCCCUGGCCAGUCAGGAGGCCUGCUGUGAGAUACCUGGUGCUCGGUGCCCCCCUGGUGCCCUCAAGAGUCGGCGCGCUGCCGAAAACGAGCUGGAGCAGCAGGUCCCUGCCUUUAAUCAGGAGAUCCUUGGAUCCCAGGGCCUGGCAGAGGAAUUGGCUUCAUUUGGACACGCUGGACAGCACGGAAUGAAGGGGGAGAAGGGAGAUCGGGGUUCAGACUGCAGUGACUCUGGAUCUGGCACAUGCAAAGAGGGACGCAUGGGACAGAAGGGGGAGAAAGGCGAGUCUGUGCUGCCCGCUAACUGGGGAGAAGCUGUCGGACACAAGGGAGAUAAAGGACAGAAGGGAGAUAUUGGUCUCCAGGGACUAUCUGGAACCCCAGGAAAGGAUGGUCGGGCUGGAUCCAUCUGUGUGGUGGGACCCAAGGGACAGAAGGGUACCUCUGGAAAGUUGGGGCCUGAAGGACUAGCAGGAGAACCGGGAAAACCCGGACUUCCAGGAAUGCCAGGAAUUGGAGAACCAGGCCUGCCAGGCCUGCCAGGCACUCCUGGAGGACCUCCUGGAUCAAAGGGAGACAAGGGGCAUUCUGGGACACCAGGGAAAGAUGGAGAACAAGGAGAUCCUGGUCCUAGGGGUCCUGGUGGUGGUAAAGGAGAUAAGGGUGACCCAUGUGAGGUGUGUCCCGUCCUGUCUGCAGACCUGGGCAACACUGUGGCCCUCCACGGGAAGACGGGGCCCAAAGGAGAGCCUGGGAUAGGAGAACCUGGCCUCCCGGGUCUUCAAGGAGCAGAUGGGAAGGCAGGAGAGAAGGGAGGGGUGGGGUCUGAUGGUGUCAAAGGGGAAAAGGGUGAUGCAUGUGCUGUGUGCCCCACCCUGAGUGAAAUACCUGCUGCCAACCUUGUUACCAUGGAACAAACCCUGAAACACAAAGGAGAGAGAGGAAAACCUGGGCUGGGACAGAAGGGAGAACAGGGGGAACCUGGAGUGAGUGGCCUGGCAGGGCUGAGAGGAGAGAAGGGUAACACUGGUGGCAAAGGAGCUGACGGUAAAACGGGCAAAGCUGGACCCAGAGGACCUAGUGGCAAGGAUGGACUGAAGGGGAUACAGGGAGAUCCAGGGAUUCCUGGUCUAGGAACUGCAGGCCCUAAAGGAGAGAAGGGUGCGUCAUGUGGGGUGUGCCAGUCUUCUCCCUCUGAGGUGGGCAGUGGGACAUCCUCCGUCAAGGUGCUAGCGGGUGAAACUGGCCCUCCAGGGCCCGCCGGGCCUGCAGGAGAGGGCACCGACGGCAAACAGGGUGUGCCAGGUCGUGAUGGUCUAAGGGGAGAGAAGGGCGACCAGGGUGAGCAGGGAGACCAAGGAUUAGCUGGCACCCAUGGAACCCAGGGCCUGCCUGGAGAGCCUGGUCGGGAUGGACUAACUGGACUGAAGGGAGAGAAGGGAGAUGCGUGUGAGAGCUGUGCGCCUGUCUCUGGACGGCAGAUAGGUGUAGGAGGGGUGCAGGGAGCCAAGGGAGAGAGGGGCAACCCGGGACCCCCAGGAGAGGGGAAAGCAGGGAAACAUGGCAAACCAGGUCUUCCCGGUGUCCAAGGGCCUAUAGGACCAAAAGGAAGCCAGGGUGACCCAGGAGUUGAAGGGGUGGGCAUCCCAGGAACUCAGGGAGCAGAAGGACCCAGAGGCCUACCAGGGGUGGCAGGUCCUCAGGGAAUUAGAGGACUUACUGGACCAGUUGGGCCUGCUGGGGACAUGGGUCCUAAAGGAGAGGAGGGGCCUCCAGGGCCACAAGGGCCCAAGGGUGUAGGUGUUACAGGACCCCCGGGUAAAGACGGCAAAGGUGGAUCCAAUGGAAUCCCAGGAGCUGAUGGAAGAGAUGGAACUGACGGAGCCAAGGGGGACAAGGGUGAACCUGGAGACUGUAACUGUAUCAGCCCUCCAUACACAGGAACAGGUGGACCGGGAGCACCAGGAACUAUGGGAGGAAACACGUGGCAGGGGGCUCCGGGACAACCAGGUCCUCCUGGUCCUCCUGGGCCACAGGGCUUCAUCGGCAUCACAGGACCCCAGGGUAACCCUGGCAACGACGGGGUACCAGGGCAGCCGGGUCUGCCUGGGAGAACUCAUCUGAGGCUGCCUCAGGAUGAGGACCCCAGUCGAGGAGAUGAAAAGAAGGUGUGUGAGGACUGCUCCAAGGGCUUGCCAGGGGUACCAGGCAUGGCGGGCACCAAGGGAGAGAAAGGAGACGAGGGCAAGACUGGCAUAGGCCAUGCUUCCGACGGCUGUGAGAGGUGUUUCCUAAACCAAAGGCUGCAGGGGGAGGAGGCUGCACAGGCUCCUACCACCACCAGCACCGAUGGAGCUAAUGGAGGCUGCUCCGGACCAGGAACACCAGGCCACCCAGGAAUACCAGGAGCACCUGGAAUAAUGGGAGAGACGGGUCCUCAGGGGCAAAGGGGACAGGCUGGAGUACCAGGAAAUAUGGGUCCUCCUGGUUUUCCUGGUCCUCAAGGCUCAUCUGGACUUACUGGUCAGCAGGGUGAGAGAGGAACAGCAGGACCACCAGGUGUGAAGGGUGAAACGGGCCCUCCAGGGACUAAUGGAUACCCAGGCUCUAUGGGACCACCUGGGCUUCCUGGCCUGAAGGGCGAGAGAGGGACACCAGGCGGUGCGGGAACGAAGGGAGAAUCGGGUCCACCAGGCAACCCAGGAUACCAGGGAAAGGCUGGAGUAGCGGGACCCAAAGGAGAGGCUGGACUGGCAGGUUCCGAUGGACCGAAGGGAGAUCAGGGCUCCCAAGGGCAACCAGGAUUCCCAGGAACACCGGGCCCCCCUGGUCCCUCUGGGAAACAAGGAAGAGAAGGACCACCUGGACCCAAGGCUGACAAGGGUAAUGAUGGACCACAAGGUCCACAGGGCUCGUCUGGACCUCCAGGUUCUUCUGGGUCUCCUGGCUUGCAGGGACCUCCUGGAUUUGAGGGAUUGGACGGUAAAGAUGGGAAACCAGGAAUGAGGGGUGAGCCAGGGAUUCCAGGGACGGUAGGACCCAGAGGAAUCCCGGGUUUCAAGGGGAAGCAUGGACAUGUUGGCUUCCCUGGACAGAAGGGUGAUGCUGGACCUGUAGGCCCACCGGGGACAGCUGGUAGACCAGGACUUGAAGGUGACGCCGGAGCCCCAGGGCCUCAGGGUCGACCCGGUCCCCCAGGACAGCUUGGUUCUGCAGGAGCAGCGGGGCCCCCAGGACCGGCAGGCCCAGCAGGAGUGGGUAUAAAGGGGGAGAAAGGCCAGGCUGCAGACAGAGGGCUACCAGGGAUGGUUGGCCCCGCUGGACCCCCUGGUCAUCCAGGAAUGAUGGGAGAACCAGGCAAUGAUGGAGCUGCGGGUAAAGACGGAUCACCUGGUCUGCCAGGAGACAAUGGACAAUGUGGUCAAAAGGGUGAAGCAGGUACCCCAGGUCAGAGAGGCGCCCCAGGGGAGCGAGGUCGCCCGGGACCCCCUGGCGGAGGUGGGUACUCCUCCAAGGCUGAUGCCCCAAUGAUGGGCCAAGUGGGACCCAGGGGAGAGAGGGGCACACCAGGCUCACCAGGCACUGCAGGGUCCCCCGGACCUCCAGGAAUACCGGGCAACGAUCCUGUGGUCAACUAUGACAACAUCAAGGACUUCAUUCGCCAGCAGGUCAUCAAGAUCUUUGAUGAGAGGAUGGCCUACUUCAUGUCUCGUAUGCAGCAGCCACAAGAGGUGUCAUCUCCCGGUCGUCCUGGAUCCCCAGGGAAGGAUGGUAACCCAGGCAGAGAUGGGAGUCCAGGAGCCCCAGGUCAGCCAGGACAGAUAGGUAGAGAGGGCCGCCAUGGACCCUUGGGACCACAGGGUCCACGAGGUCUAAAGGGAGAGAAAGGUGACAAGGGUGUAGGGGAGAUGGGUGACAGUGGACCCCCAGGAGCACCAGGUGUUCCAGGCCCCCCUGGCUAUGGUAAGAUGGGCCCCAGCGGCCCCGUGGGUCAGCAGGGGAUCCCUGGAGUCUCAGGAACCCCUGGACAGCCGGGUCAGAAGGGCAGGGAGGGCCGGUGUAACCCCUCUGACUGUAUGAGCCAACCAAUAGAGUGGAACCCUAAGGGCCCUCCCAUCAAGGGCCCCUACUAGAGAGAAAGUAUUAAAGAGGAGAGGAGGAGAGAUAGAUGAAACCAACCCAAAGACCAGAAGACACUAGAGAAAGGAGAGGAGGAGAGAUAGAAGAAACCAACUCAAAGACCAGAAGACACUAGAGAAAGGAGAGGAGGGGAGAAGAGAGAACAGAUCAAACAGAAGACCAGAGCUACCGUCCGAUCAACAGAAAUCAUCCCAGGAGAACAAAUGAAUACUGAAGCACCAAUAGUUGGUGUGGAGGACCCAUUCCUAAUUCAUCAAAGGGUUUGCCAGUUAGCUGUCCUUCUCACCGCCUGUGUAGAAAAUAUAUAUGUGUAGGACCUUCCUCUAACUGAUGCCUUGGUACUGGCUGAAGUGGCUUCAAUAAAGGAGAUAUUUGGACUCUGUGCUCUCCUCUCUUUCAUAUAUUUUCCCAACUUUAGCUGCCAGCUCUUUCUAUAUGUUAGACAUGUUUAUUUUGACAAUAACAGCAAGAGCAUAUCCAGCCUUUGAAAAACGACCUGCAAAUUCUUCCUCUUCUUCACUAUCAUCCUCAUCUUCAUUCUGAUUAUAAAACGUGUCUAUUGGGAGUAUUAGGCAGCUACCUUGUGAUAUUCUGCUUCGAUCUAGCUUCUGUCUAGCCAUAGAAACAAAAUGAAUAGAAUUGACAUGGCACUCCCAUUUCAAAUGCCCAUUCUAAUCGGUCUAUCUCUUUGUACAUUUUGUUUGAUUUCUAUGCUUGAAUAUACUCCCUCAUCACUUGAAUGAUGUCUGAUGCUUUAACAGAUCUGUACGCUUUGUCCUCAAAUCAUGGCCUUAUGAGAAGUUCUCACCUUCUCUUCCCUGUUUGCGUGAGAAGAACAUAAUGUACACCUCCCAAGAGUGCCUGUUUUGUACAUAUUUCUAUUUAUAUGUAGUAGCUUUUUAUGCCUUUUUGUAUUUUAAAUUUGGCGUCAACAUGGCUGACCGUGUUUUCGCUAUGGUCAACUGUCAGGAAUCCACUAUGAGUGCGGUUUUUAUAAAUCUGUUCAUAAAAUAUACAAGAAAUUGGAGAGAAAUUAUCUUUUUUAUGUGAAAGUAAAUUGGAUCUCAAUAUGGUGGUAUAAUUCUGCUUUGGAAGAUAUUUUCAUGCUUUGUUUAAAGUACAUGGCAUCAUUUUCAAAACUGUCAAAAAAAAAAUCUAGUUAUGUAGCAAUUUAUCAACCAGUCUUUUACAUCAUCAAGCUUAUUUUUGACAACAGAGCAACUGUAAAGGGAUAUGUGUUUCUCGUCCAGCACACCACUGGUUACUGUAACUGAAAUAGGGUUGCACAGUUCAGGUAACUUUCCAAAAGUUCCCAGGGUUUCCCGAAAGCCUUGUUUGGAAGAGGGAGGGGAUAAGCAGAACAUUUGGAAUCCUCCAACCAGGAUUUAUGGAAAACCUGGGGACUUUGGGCAAGUUGCCGUCAUUUGGCCAUGCUUUACGGAAAUAGAUGCUUUAUGACCACUAAGAGAAACAGGCUGAAUUUUCAUAGGAGAGGCUGUUUAGCAUCUUCACCCAAACCUUCGCUGGCAUCACUGUGCCAAUCAGCUUCCCCUCGUAUCCAUUACUGAGUACAACUUGUAUGUCUCCUGUCUUGUAUGUCUCCUGCAUUGUAUGUCGUCUGCCUUGUAUGUUGUGUUGUUUUGAAUGUUUGCAGUUUUACUUGUCAUCUAUACACUACAGGCCAGGGUGUCAGUAAGAGUAUCAGUAAGGGUGUCAGUAAGGGAUUUGUCACCAUGUUUAGAUUCAUAUGGAUGUUCUGAGUUGUUAUUGGAAGGGCCAUGAGGUUUUCCUGAUGUUUUCACUGUCCAUAGUGAUUUCUGGUCAGGAAAACCUACUGACCCUAGUUAUACUGAACAACCACCCCAAUAGUUCUCCCCUCUUCAUUCCUAGCUUUCUAAAGCAUCUUGUUGAACCAACACCACUGUUCCCCUGCUACUCUCAGUAUAUCUGUUGUGUGUUUUAUGUUGGCAUCACUUUUUGUAAAGAGAUGGGUUUUUUUUAUGAAAACGUUUCAGAAAAAGUGAAUAAAAUGUUUUAAGCAGA